UGUUAAGACACCUGUCAACAUAGAAAUGGGUUGAGUACCGCAUGUGUUUUAUCUGUGCGCGUGUGGUGGCAUGAAACUUGCACAACGUUGUAAAAGUUGAUAACUGCUGAUAGAGAAUAGUGUUAAUCUUUAAAGAGAUUCAAGCACAUUGACGCUAGGCGAAUAAAUUCUCCAAUUUCUGCUACUCAUAGCGACAAAUUUGCGAUUGUUUCGGCUUCAGCCUGGCGUAUAAACAGUGUGGUAUGAGACACUAUAUAUUAGUGUAAACAUCAUGGUGAAAGAAUACCCUCGUUUUACUCGUGCCGUUAGGGCUUUUGCCAGUUUAGAUCGCCCUAACCCACCAGAAGGCUCGACCCUCGAAGAACGACUGCAAUGGGACGCCCAGAAAGCAAAAGAGCGUUUAAGCUGGGCAGACAUCCGUGCAAAUCUGGAGACACUGAAUGGCUCAAAACCAGGUGUUGUGAAGCUUUUAAAUCAUCUGCGUUCGUUGGCUUUGGACAUGACUGGUGGUGACCAAAGCAAAGAAAUUGUAGACGAAGCAGCUGCUUUCUUACUUCACCUCUUCUUAAAUGAAAGGAUAGUAACUCAGAAACAUCUAGCUGUAUUGCGACAAUCAUUUGGAUUUGUCACACCGGGACUGGCCGAUAAGGCAUUCGAGUGUGUGAAGAAGAUUCGCCAGGAAUUGCCGGAUGACUUACCAGACUACCUGUCGUAUGAUGGCGGUGGGACCAGUCGUAAGCGAACCCGCCCCGCUUAUGUAGUGCUUCCAAAGUUACCUGAACUGAACAUCUACCUCCCAGACACAAGCUCACUUGCGGAUCUCACUCCAUCUGUCGGGGCUAAAGCACUUCCUGCUGGUUUCAGCAUGGGAUAUGAAGCUGUCAAGGCUCUGCACAGCAGUGCUGUUAAUGGGGCGGAUACGAGCCCCCAGACCAAUAGGAAGUUUGCUUCAAAAAACGCCAAGUACGGUGUGUCGUGGUUGGAAGAGCAGGUAAAGAAGUAUGAAGGCAAGGUUGUCUCAGCCUUUUCGACACAGGAACUGUGUGACACAAUUUUAAUGAUGCUGAAGUCUACACGUAGCAACGAGGAGCUUCAGAAUGAGCUUUUUGACCUACUGGGCUUCGACAGCUUUGAGCUGAUAGAAGCACUGCUCCAGCACAGGACCAAUAUUUUGAAUGGUGACUUACUGGCCGAAGAGAGAAAACAGACUGCACCUCCAGCUGCAUCUAUAUCAGAGGUAAGGAGGCCAGCAUAUGGCUGCAACGUAACAGUACAGACAGAAAAAGAAAUACAGUUGCUGAAACAGGUCCGCAAGAUGAAAAAACGUUUACAUAAGCACAGGGGAGCUGAUGAUGACGAUAGUGAUAGUGAAUUUGAUCCUGUCGAUCUGAGAGCAAAAAGGUUAGCAGCUCUUGAAGUGAAAGCUGUACCUGUACUAAUGAAACCGAGUACACAGCGACGAGAGAUAUACCCAAAUGUGUAUGAUUCUCGGCAAGAAGCACAGCAAACUUCAGGUUUUAUCUGUGGAGUGAAAAUGGUAUUGCCAGUUGGUGUUGAUCGUGUUGAUACCAAAAAAUUUGAAGAAGUCAACAUACCAGUUACUGAAAGUGCUCCACUGAAUAUCGGGAAUAAGUUUGUGCAAAUCUCUUCACUUGAUGAGAUUGGCCAGAUGGCAUUUCAAGGAGUGAAGCAAUUAAAUCGUAUCCAAUCGAUGGUUUUUGACACGGCCUAUCACACAAAUGAGAAUUUGCUAAUAUGUGCCCCAACUGGUGCCGGCAAGACCAAUGUCGCAAUGUUGACUAUUGUGCAUCAGAUGCGCCAGCACAUGGACCAAGGAGUCAUCAAGAGAGACCAAUUUAAGAUUGUGUAUGUUGCUCCAAUGAAAGCACUCGCAGCAGAAAUGACGCAAAACUUUGGACGGAGGCUGGGGUGCCUCGGUGUUUCUGUACGUGAGCUGACAGGCGACAUGCAGCUCACAAAGACGGAAAUGCUACAGACCCAAAUGGUGGUUACUACUCCGGAGAAGUGGGAUGUCAUAACAAGAAAAUCGACAGGUGAUAUUGCUUUGACAAAUCUGGUAAAACUGCUGAUAAUUGAUGAAGUUCAUUUGUUGCAUGGUGACAGAGGCCCUGUCAUAGAAGCUCUUGUGGCAAGAACACUAAGACAGGUUGAGACGUCACAGAGCAUGAUAAGAAUUGUGGGCCUGUCAGCAACGUUACCAAACUAUUUAGACGUGGCUCGCUUUCUGAGAGUUAACCCACACAAAGGACUGUUCUAUUUCGACUCUCGUUUCCGUCCUGUCCCAUUGGGAAUGACUUUUAUUGGUGUGAAGGCAAUUAAACCACUAGAACAAAUGCUUGAGAUGGAUAAUAUCUGCUAUGAUAAAGUGGUAGAUAUGGUGCAGAAAGGACAUCAGGUUAUGGUAUUUGUACAUGCCCGUAAUGCAACUGCUCGACUAGCAAAUGUGCUAAAAACAUUGGCUGGACAACGUGGUCAUUUGAAGAUAUUCGAACCACCUGAUACUGGUGCUGCUGGAUCGGCAAGGAAUGCCUUGAACCGUAGCAGAAAUAAGCAACUGGCAGAAUUAUUUGCAGCAGGGUUUUCGAUCCAUCACGCUGGAAUGCUUCGAGAGGAUAGGUCCCUGGUUGAAAAAUAUUUUGGAUCCGGGCUAAUAAAGGUUCUUGUCUGUACAUCAACAUUAGCAUGGGGAGUAAAUUUGCCAGCACAUGCAGUUAUAAUAAGGGGAACAGAAAUAUAUGAUGCAAAGCAGGGAUCUUUUGUCGACCUGGGAAUCUUGGACGUACUGCAGAUUUUUGGUCGUGCUGGUCGUCCACAGUUUGAUAAGUCUGGACAUGGAACGAUAAUAACCUCACAUGACAAACUGGCUCACUACUUAUCUCUGCUUACUAACCAGUUUCCUAUUGAAAGCAGUUUCAUAAAAUUUCUUGCUGAUAAUCUCAAUGCUGAAGUUGUGUUGGGUACCAUCUCAAAUGUAUCUGAAGCAGUUAAUUGGCUGAGUUACACGUACUUGUAUGUACGCAUGCGUAUGAACCCCCAGGUUUAUGGGAUAAAUUAUCAAGAUGUAAUGGAAGAUCAAACAUUGGAGCAUUGGAGACUGAAACUUAUAACUGCUGCAGCCAAUGAACUGGAUAAAGCUAAAAUGAUACGUUAUGAUCCACGCACAGGAUCGCUCAGUGCUACAGAUCUUGGGCGAACUGCAAGUCAUUUUUACAUCAAGUAUGAUACGGUGGAAAUAUUCAAUGAGCUAAUGGCACCAGUUAUGUCAGAAGCUGAUGCACUUGCAAUGAUUUCGAAGGCCCAAGAAUUUGAUCAAUUAAAGGUCCGAGAUGAUGAAAUGGAGGAGCUGGACCAGCUGGUAGACAUGAACUGCCCGCUGCCUGUGGCAGGAGGCACAGAGAACGUCUACGGGAAGGUGAACAUAUUGCUGCAGACAUUCCUGUCUCACGGGCGCCUCAACUCUUUCUCCCUCAUCUCAGACCAGUCAUACGUAAUGCAGAAUGCUGUCCGGAUUUUGCGUGCCCUGUUUGAAAUUCAGCUGCGCAAAAACAAUGCUGUUAUGGCCACACGUUUCCUGAUCCUUGCUCAGAUGUUUGAGCAACAACAAUGGAGCAUGGAGACUCCCAUGAGACAGUUUCGUAUGCUGGGGUCUGACAUUAUCCACAAAAUUGAAGAGAAGAGAUUAACUGUGGAAAAAUUACGUGAGAUGGAUGCAAAAGAUAUAGGUAUUCUUUUGAGGCACAGCAAAAUGGGACACAUUGUGAAGCGCUGUGCGGAGGAAUUCCCGAUGGUCGACCUGGUGGCAAACCUCCAGCCCAUCACACGUACUGUGCUUCGCAUCCGCCUGCAGGUCGUGGCAGACUUCAGGUGGAAUGACAAAGUUCAUGGGAGAACUCAAGAAGCAUUCUAUAUAUGGAUUGAAGAUCCAGACAAUAAUUACUUGCAUCACUGGGAACUAUUUCUUAUAACGAAGAAGCAGGUAAUAAAACGUGAGCCACAAGAACUUGUGAUGACAAUCCCACUGUCUGAGCCACUGCCAUCUCAGUAUAUCGUCCGUGCCACAAGUGACCGCUGGCUGGGCUCUUCGACUAUGCUGCCCCUCACGUUCCAGCACCUGAUUUUGCCAGAAACUCAUCCCCCACACACAGAUUUACUGCCUCUGCAACCUCUGCCGGUGACGGCAUUAAACGAUCCGAAGCUGGAGGUGUUGUACAACUUCACACACUUCAACCCAAUACAGACACAAGUCUUCCAUUGCCUGUAUCAUACGGACAACAACGUUCUCCUUGGUGCUCCCACAGGCUCCGGGAAGACGAUAUGUGCCGAAAUUGCCAUGUUCAGAGUCUUCCGAGAAUACCCUGGACAGACGGUGGUGUACAUUGCACCACUGAAGGCACUGGUCCGUGAGCGUGUGGAAGACUGGCGCACAAAGCUCGGUACUCGCUUGGGCAAGAGUGUGAUUGAGUUGACUGGUGAUGUUACCCCAGAUGCCCGCGCCAUUGCCAAUGCUGACGUUGUUGUGACGACACCUGAGAAGUGGGAUGGUGUGAGCCGGAGCUGGCAGACUCGUGGAUAUGUUCAGAAGGUGGCACUGGUCGUGAUCGACGAAAUACAUCUGCUCGGUGAAGAUCGUGGUCCUGUCCUUGAGGUGAUUGUGUCAAGAACAGGGUUUAUAUCCUCACAUACUGAACGCACGCUGAGGAUAAUUGGUCUGUCUACAGCACUGGCAAAUGCAAGUGAUUUGGCAGCAUGGCUUGAGAUUGGCCAGAUGGGCCUGUACAACUUCAGGCCGGCAGUGCGGCCCGUGCCACUGGAGGUGCACAUCGCGGGCUUCCCGGGCAAGCACUACUGCCCGCGUAUGGCCACAAUGAACCGCCCAACCUUCCAGGCUGUGCAGCAGCACUCACCGGACCGUCCUGUCCUCGUCUUCGUCUCCAGCCGCAGGCAGACGCGCCUCACCGCACUCGACCUCAUCGCUUACCUUGCGGCUGAGGACAAUCCCAAGCAAUGGCUGCACCUUCCCGAGGAGGAGAUGGAUCAAAUUAUAUCCGGUCUGAAAGAUCCAAACCUGAAACUGACUCUCGCAUUUGGCAUUGGACUUCAUCAUGCAGGCUUGCAAGAACGUGACCGUAAAACAGUUGAAGAACUAUUUGUGAAUCAAAAGAUACAGGUUCUCAUAGCAACGGCCACCCUUGCUUGGGGUGUCAACUUUCCAGCCCAUCUUGUUGUCAUUAAAGGGACCGAGUACUACGAUGGCAAGCAGCGGCGCUAUGUGGACAUGCCCAUCACUGAUGUCUUGCAGAUGAUGGGCAGGGCAGGGAGGCCCCAGUACGACGAGAACGGGGUUGCUGUUGUCUUAGUUCAUGACAUUAAGAAGAAUUAUUACAAGAAGUUCCUCUACGAGCCUUUCCCUGUAGAAUCCAGCUUACUUGAAGUGCUACCUGACCACAUCAAUGCUGAGAUAGUUGCUGGUACAAUUAGAACAAAACAGGAUGCACUGGACUACCUUACAUGGACCUACUUCUUCCGGCGGUUACUUCAGAAUCCAUCGUAUUAUAACCUGGAAACAUUGGAACCACACAAUGUAAACAAUUUCUUGUCUGGCCUCGUGCAAAGAGCUCUUAUGGUGCUUGCAGAUGCCUCUUGUGUCACAUUUGAGGAGGACCAACGAGGAGUGACGGCAACCUCGAUGGGCCGCAUCGCCUCCUACUACUACCUGUCAUACAAGACGAUGCUCCUGCUGAGGGAUGAGUUGACUGCAAGCAGCAGCCUGGAGGAUGUGUUGCGCAUCCUCAGCAAUGCAUACGAGUACGACCAGAUGCCGGUGCGGCACAAUGAGGACAUUUUGAAUGGGGAUCUGGCAAAGAGCUGCCCGCUGCCUGUGGAUGGCACAUCCCUGGACUCCCCUCACACCAAGACGCUGCUACUGCUGCAGGCCCACUUCUCCAGGCUGCACCUGCCAUGCGCCGACUACCACACUGACCUCAAGUCCGUGCUCGACCAGGCACUCAGGAUCAUGCAGGCAAUGAUCGAUAUGGCUGCAGAGCAGGGCUGGCUGGCGACGGCUCUCCGCCUGAUGCAGCUGAUGCAGAUGGUUGUGCAGGCUCGCUGGCUGUCAGACAGUCCACUCACAACACUCCCACACGUCGAACCGCAACACCUCUACCUGUUCGAAAAGCAGAGGCUGCCUCCCGCUCUGCGAAACCGCAACUUGAUCACGUUGCCGGGCUUGGCUUCUGCCGUCAGUCGUAACUACGAGUCACUAGCGACAGUUCUUCGACCGGAACUUGAAGAGGGUCAGAUCGAACAAGUCUACCAAGUUCUCACAGCACUACCUGUGCUGUCAGUGGAUAUGAGGCUCCGUGCAGGCAGUGAAGCGGAGCGUCCUCUGCCCCGUGCCCCUCAGCGCAGCCGGCGUUCUGACUGGGCGCAAUGCACAGCGGGCUGCGAGGCCACUCUGUCCGUGAAACUCAGGCGCGAGAACAGGGACAGUGGCAACGGCCGGGCACACUGCCCGCGAUUCCCGCGGGGCAAGGAUGAGGGCUGGAUCCUCGCCCUGGGAGAUGUGGAGCGGGGCGAACUUCUGGCACUCAAGAGGGUGGUGGGCGUCCGGGGGCGGCCAUCGCAUCACCCUCUGGCUUUCUUGCUACCCAGCAAGCCAGGCCGUACGAUGCUGACUCUGUACGUGAUGUCCGACAGUUACCUUGGCCUGGACCAGCAGUACGAUAUCCAGCUAAAUGUUGUCCAGUCAGCAGAAAAUUGUGGGAGUAAUCCAGACAAGGAAGAAGCCACUAGUAUUAUUGCAUGUGAAAGUUCUUCUACCUCAUGGGCUGACUCUUAAAUUGUGUCCUGUUUCAAAAAUAUCUUAUGUUCUUUAUAUAAAGAAUAUACAUGAUAUGAUACCAUGGCUGGUAAUGACUGGCUUGAUGUGUCUUCAAAACUGUGAUAUUGCCAAUAUAUUGUUUCUCAUCAUAUGAGUAAAACCAAAUUACUGAAUAAUUUAUUUUGAAAAUAAAGAAUGUUGUUUUGUC